AUGACAAUCAUGGGAAAGAUAUUGUUGACACUGUUAUUAUUGUCAUCAAUUUUCUCAAUAGCUUCAUCAAGAACAAGAAGAUCUUCCAGCAACAACAUAGAUUGGUGGUGCAACCAAACCCCACACCCCGAGCCAUGCAAAUAUUACAUGAAACAAAGCCACUACCAUCACACGCUUAAACACAAAUCCGAAUUCCGUGCAUAUCUAAUUCACUUGGCCUUGGAGAGAGCACUCGUCAUGCAAAAUCAAGCACGUGAUUUCGGGCAAAAACGCGUCACCAAGAAGCAGAAACAUGUAUACCGCGAUUGUUUGAAGCUGUAUGAGAACACUGUGUUUCAUCUAAAUCGUACCCUCCAAGGCCUACACGUUAAGAGGAGCUGUUCCCCGUUUGAUGCACAAACGUGGCUUAGCACUGCUCGCACAAACCUCGAAACCUGUCUAAACGGAGCGUUAGAACUUGGCGUUCGAGAUUUCAUCGCUUCAACUUGCACUGAGAGAAGCAACGUGACGGAGAUCAUAAGCAAUAGCUUAUUCGUGAACUGGGCUUUCCUGAAACACGAAACGUUUCAUUACACAGAAGAUAGGGAAGGUGAGUUUCCGAGUUGGUUUUCUGUUCAUGAGAGGAAGCUCUUGCAGUCUUCUUCAAUAAGGGCACAUCUUGUGGUAGCCAAAGAUGGUUCUGGCCAUUUCAAAAGUGUUCAAGCUGCUAUUAAUGCGGCAUCGAGAAGAAGGUUGAAGACGAGGUUCAUUAUCCACGUAAAGAGAGGAGUUUAUAGGGAGAACAUUGAAGUUGACAAGACCAACGACAAUAUCAUGUUGGUUGGUGAUGGCAUGAGAUAUACCAUAAUAACAAGUGCCAGGAGCGUUCAAGAUGGCUUUACCACCUACAGUUCCGCUACAGCAGGAAUCGAUGGUCUUCACUUCAUUGCACGUGACAUUACCUUCAGAAACACGGCCGGUUCUCUUAAGGGUCAAGCAGUGGCACUUCGAUCAGCCUCUGACCUCUCCGUUUUUUACCGUUGUGCCAUCGAGGGCUACCAAGACACACUCAUGGUUCAUGCACAGCGACAAUUUUACAGAGGAUGUUACAUCUAUGGCACCGUUGACUUCAUCUUUGGUAACGCAGCUGUUGUUUUUCAAAACUGUGUGAUUCUCGUUAGAAGGCCUUUGAAUGGCCAAGCAAACAUGAUCACGGCCCAAGGUAGAGAUGACCCAUUUCAAAACACUGGAAUUUCAAUCCACAAUUCUCAAAUAAGGGCUGCCCCAGAUCUCAAGCCCGUUGUUGCCAACUUCAACACCUUUUUGGGCCGCCCAUGGCAACGUUACUCAAGAGUUGUGGUCAUGAAAUCGUUCUUGGAUAGCUUGGUGAGCCCAAUGGGCUGGUCUCCUUGGGGGGAUACUUCUUUUGCUCUCAACACGCUCUAUUAUGGAGAGUAUAAGAACUUUGGGCCUGGUUCAUCCACAAGAAACAGGGUCCGUUGGGCCGGUUUUCAUUCUAUAACCAGCCCAGCCGAGGCCUCACAGUUCACCGUUGGUACCCUCCUUGCUGGACGCACAUGGUUGCCUGCAACUGGUGUGCCUUUCACUUCGGGCCUUUAA